AUGUCACAAGACGGUAAAGUUGAUCUUGUAGUAGUCGGAGCAGGUUGGUUUGGUCUCGCUGGUGCAAAAACCUAUCUCCAAGUCCAUCCUAACGCAAAUGUCGUUGUUUUGGCUGAUAAUGCAACGAUUGGAGGUGUAUGGGCCAAUGAUAGAUUAUAUCCUGGGCUGAAAACGAACAAUAUGUUAGGAGCGCUAGAGUAUAGCGAGUUUCCUAUGACUACAGAGAGAUAUGGUGUUAAACCUGGAGAAUAUAUUCCCGGGUCAGUAGUCCACCAAUAUCUCGAAGACUUUGCGAAGGAAUACAAUGUCUAUGAUAAGAUUAGAUUCGAGAGUAAAGCAAUCUCAGCCGAGCAUCAAGAUGAAGGUGGCUGGAUUGUCACGAUUGGUUCAAGUAGUUUUCCGGCUACUUUCGAGGAGUAUAAAAUAUCCACAUCGAAACUUAUCGUCGCGACAGGACUGACUUCACUGCCAUUCGUUCCUCCACUUCCUGGAAUUGAGGGCUUCACACCACCUGUAUUUCAUACGAAAGAAUUUCCGAAUCACUUGGAUACCUUGGAGACAGCGAGAAGCGUGUGUGUCUUUGGAGCCGCAAAAUCCUCUUUUGAUAUGGCAUAUGCAUAUGCGUCGAAGGGAGUUCACGUAGACUGGAUUAUCAGAGAGUCAGGGCAUGGCCCAGGAUGGAUGGCUCAGUCGUACGCCACGCCCCUCAAGAUCUGGAUCGAAAAGAUGGUUAAUACGAGAGUUUUGACUUGGUUUAGUCCUUGUAUAUAUGGCGACUAUGAUGGAUAUGGAACGGUUCGUUCCUGGUUGCACGGCACGGCGGCUGGUCGCUGGUUUGUCGAUAAGUAUUGGGCAAAUUCAGAAAACGAGAUUAAAACGGUAAAUGGAUAUGACAAGCACCCAGAGACCGCAAAGCUUGAGCCUUGGUCGAAUUCAUUCUACGUUGGAACGAUGCUUUCUAUUCUGAAUCAUGAUACGGAUAUUUUCGAACUUGUUCGCAAAGGUGCAAUCUCUGUGCACAUUGGAGAUAUUGUAAACCUAAGUGCGAACACAGUGAGCCUUUCAAACGGCGAAAAAUUACAGACUGACACUUUCGCCUGUGCUACCGGAUGGAAACAUGUUCCGCCACUAGAAUUUCUCCCUAGAGGAAUAGACUUAGGACUUCCGCACGCCCUAGGAUCCGAGGAACCAACUGAUUUGAUAGAAAGAGCCGAUAAGGAAAUUCUUUCCAAGUUUCCCAAAUUGAAGGAUGAACCACUUGCAGUUAAAAGGGUAAAGCCAAUGGAAGGAGCACCUGAAGGAAGGCUUGAGCCUUAUAGACUUUUUCGGUUCAUGGUCCCUCCUAAAUUCGUCGAGUCUAGGGAUAUCAUUUUUCUGGGUUGUAUGACAUCAGUUUCUACAGCAUUCCUGGCUCAAUUUCAAGCACUUUGGGCUACUGCGUUUUUCAACAAAAAAGUCUCCAUUCCUUCCGACAUGGAAUAUCAAACCGUUUUACACAGUAGAUUUGGAAAGUGGAGAUAUCCUUCAGGCUUUGGUGCUAGACAUCCCGAUACCGUUUUUGAUGGGUUACCAUAUUAUGACAUGUUGCUCAAGGACAUGGGAUUGAGAAAUCAUAGAAAGUCAAGUUGGUUUUGGGAAAUCUUUGAGCCAUACAGCGCGAAGGAUUAUAUUGGUGUGGUUGAUGAACUGAAGCAGAAAAUUAGAGUGGAGAAAGUAAAUGGAAACUAG